CCAGAAAGAGUUGAGCGCAGAAUUCGAAGCUUAAGGAAAGCCCCUCCCUCCCUCUCUCUCUCUCUCUCUCUCGUCCAUUGUUCUCUUCUUUCUCCUCCCUCCUCUGCUCCCUAUGCUCCGCUAGGGUUUCUCUGUCACUCCACUCGCUCUGUCCCUCCCUUCGUCUGCUGCUCGCAUUGCGGGACCGUUGGAUGUCAUAGAAGAGUGCGGUGCAGGAUGGACUCGCCGGACGCAGAGUACCGGAGAAAGGAGCGCACCGCGCUGGCGAUUAUCAUCGUCAUGGCCUCCCUCGCCCUGGCCUCCCUGCUCGUGGCCUUCAGCUACUACUGCUACAUCCGGAACAAGGUCUCCAAGCGUCACCACAAGCACCAUCACCAUCACCAGCACCAGCACCAGCACCAGACUAAAGGGUUUGAUCAUGAGGAGAAGGGUUUGAUCCAAGUUACUUCUGAGAAAGGACUUCAGGUCUUCUCCUUUAAGCAGCUGCAUUCAGCAACUGGGGGUUUCAGCAAGUCAAAUGUAGUUGGACAUGGUGGCUUUGGUUCGGUUUACAGAGGAGUGCUUAGCGAUGGCAGAAAAGUUGCUGUUAAGUUGAUGGAUCAGGCAGGGAAGCAAGGAGAGGAGGAAUUUCAAGUAGAGGUGGAGUUGCUGAGUAGGCUGCGCUCUCCAUACUUGCUGGCUUUGCUUGGUUAUUGUUCUGAUAGUAAUCACAAACUGCUAGUGUAUGAGUUCAUGGCAAAUGGCGGUCUGCAGGAACAUUUGUAUCCAGUGAGCCAUUCUAAUGCUGUCUACUUGAAGUUGGAUUGGGAAACUCGCUUGAGAAUAGCCUUGGAAGCUGCAAAAGGCCUAGAAUAUCUUCAUGAGCAUAUUAAUCCUCCCGUGAUCCACCGAGAUUUCAAGAGCAGCAAUAUCCUCUUGGAUAAGAACUUCCAUACUAAGGUUUCUGAUUUCGGACUGGCAAAAUUGGGACCUGAAAAAGCUGGUGGUCAUGUCUCUACACGAGUUUUGGGGACCCAGGGAUAUGUCGCCCCCGAAUAUGCAUUAACGGGGCACCUGACCACUAAAUCAGAUGUCUAUAGCUAUGGGGUUGUUCUGUUGGAGCUGCUCACCGGCAGAGUUCCUGUCGACAUGAAGAGACCUCCUGGGGAAGGGGUUCUUGUCACUUGGGCAUUGCCUCAGCUGACGGACCGAGACAAGGUUGUCCAGAUUAUGGACCCGAGGCUGGAGGGUCAGUAUUCCCUCAAGGAGGUUGUUCAGGUGGCGGCAAUUGCAGCAAUGUGCGUGCAGCCUGAGGCUGACUACAGGCCGCUCAUGGCCGAUGUUGUGCAAUCCUUGGUCCCUCUCGUGAAGACUCACCGCUUAUCUUCUAAGGUAGGCGCUUCCUCAAGUAGCCUGCACUCCACCAGGUCACCCACUCCACACGAGCCUCACAAGGCAAGCAUAUGAAGCCAAUCAGACCCCUUAUUGAUGUUUCCUCAAGCUAUCCUAAAGUUGGUUGGCAUUCGAAUAUCUCCAUUGGGUAUUAUCAAAUUCCUGCGUCAUUUAUGGGAAAGCUGUAUUUGUGUAUGCCUUAUGCUUAAUCUGGAGGAGAAAACUUAGAAUGUGGUCAUUCUCGUCUAGUCUCAGCUCUAAUCUAACCGGACUUUCUGCAUGAUUAGUAGUUUCGUUUGAUGCCUCUAUUUCUCUACCGUCUCUUGGAAGAAAUUGAAGAAUUGACAGUAAUUCAAGACUUGAAGCUUAUGUAGUGCGGUGCCUCUAUCCUAUUGAUGCCUGAGCUGUUGCCAUUUACAUUCC